ACCAGUGACUAGGAUUAACAUGCCACUUUUCUUUUCUUCCUGUUUCUCAGUCAAGUCCACCUGUCUUCUCCACCAUCGUCCCCUUCCUCGGCCAUUACCAUUUAUUAAAGAAAAGGGACAUUCAUAUCCUCGUUCUAAUCACACCCUUUUGUUAAUGUUUUUUUUCUUCCUAACUCUGCCUGAAUGGCUUUUUCAGUUCUUUAUAAAUGAUAAAAGUAUAAAACCCACAUUCACUUCCUAGUUCUGAUAAUACCCAUUUGCUUGUUAAUGUUUAAUCUUUCUUUAUAACUCUGCCUGAUUGACUUUUGAGUUCUUAACAUAUUUGAUAAGCAAGUUUACGUAUUGAUUGUGAAAGAUUGUUAAAGAAAGCAAACAAAAAGAUGGCAUUGAAGCAGAGAAAGGAGGAAUGAGAAGGGAACAAAGUACUACAAUUCAUAGAAAAUGCGGACACUUUGUGAUGUGUGUGAGAGCGCUCCUGCCAUUAUUUUCUGUGCCGCUGAUGAGGCUUCUCUUUGCCAGGCUUGUGAUGAAAAGGUUCAUUUGUGCAACAAGCUUGCCAGUAGACAUGUACGGGUUGGGCUUGCUGAUCCCUCGAGUGUCCCGCGCUGUGACAUAUGUGAAAAUGCACCUGCUUUCUUUUACUGUGAGAUAGAUGGUAGUUCCCUUUGUCUGCAAUGCGAUAUGACUGUGCAUGUUGGUGGUAAAAGAACCCAUGCAAGAUAUCUCCUACUGAGGCAGAGAAUUGAGUUUCCAGGGGACAAACUUGGCCGUUUGGAAGAACUAGGGACGCAACCCCUUGAUCCAAAUCAAGCAAGAAGGGAGCUGAGUCAGCCACCUAAGCUGACAAUGAGAGAGAAUCAGAAAAAUCACAGGCCCUCUCCUGUUCCAGUGCUCAACAACAAUAUUGGUGGUGAUGACAAGAUUGAAAAUCAAAUGAUUGAUCUUAAUACUAGGCCCCAACGGAUACAUGGACAAGCUUCAACCAACCAGGAACAGGGUACGGAUGUUCUAAGUGGCACUAAUCAUGAAUCUGCAAGUCUGGUGCCUGGGGGAUCUUUCAAAAGACAGCCUGAAAAGUGAGCAUGUGAUGAAAUGGUCAUGAUUGAUGCUGAGAACAAGAUUGUGUGAAGGGAUUGGUGAUUUCUGUUGGGGAGAAACAUCAGACAGUAAUUAAGUGAGAAAAAUCUGCUGACUUCAUCUGUGCAUUGUGCUUAAUGAUGGUUGAAAAUAGGGAGGAAAACACUUCUUUAAAUUUUUAUUAUCAUGAAUAUUGAUUAUUGAUCCUUUUAAUAUUUUGUGAUUGAAUGGAACAAUGAUACAUAAUAUGUCACUUAUUUCA